GGGGCGAGAGCUGACGGCGCCGCCGAGGCCGUAGGCUCCAGGCAGACCCCGAGCUCAGGUCGCGCCGAACGCUCCGCCCCGCGCCCAGAUCUCGGCCCAGGCAGGGGACGGGUUAACAUUACACGGAGGUUUCACUGAGAUCCAGAGAAGACCCCCAGCAACUCCGAGGCUGGUGAGCAAACAGGUGCUGGUACCCACAGAUCCCACAGAACUCACUGCUUUCUCACCAACUUUGCAGUUUGAGGACUUCAGAGAACAGACUCUUGGAUUCAUGUGACACAUCUAAGAAAACACCAGACCCUAACUGGACCUGCACACCAUCUGGUGACCUGAAGGCCUGUGCAUGCUUCUCACCCCACCACGGCCAUGGCCCUGGUCAGCAUCAACCAGCUGCCCGAGAGCAUCCUGCUGGAGGUGUUCACGCACCUGCCCGCCCGCCAGCUGCUGCUGAACUGCCGCCCUGUCUGCAGCCUCUGGCGAGACCUCAUCGACCUUGUGACCCUCUGGAAGCGCAAAUGCUUGCAUGAGGGCUACGUCACUGAGGACUGGGACCAGGCCGUGGCUGACUGGAAGGUCUUCUACUUUCUGUGCAACCUCCGCAGGAACCUCCUGCGCAACCCGUGUGCCGAAGAGGAUAUGAGAUCCUGGAAAAUCGACUCCAAUGGAGGGGACCAGUGGAAGGUGGAGAGCCUCCCCGGGGCGCAUGGCACAGACUUCCCUGACCCCAAAGUCAAGAAGUACUUUGCCACGUCCUAUGAGAUGUGUCUCAAGUCCCAGCUGAUAGACCUCAAAGCCGAGGGCUACUGGGAGGAGCUACUGGACAAGUUCCGGCCGGACAUCAUGGUUAAGGACUGGUUCGCCGCCAGAGCAGACUGUGGCUGCACCUACCACAUCCGAGUACAGCUGGCCUCGGCCGACUACAUUGUCCUGGCCUCCUUCGAGCCCCCGCCCAUGACUGUCCAUCAGUGGAACGAUGCCAGGUGGAGAGAGGUCUCCCACACCUUCUCGGAUUACCCUCCAGGUGUCCGCCACAUCCUCUUCCAGCACGGGGGCAAGGACACCCAGUUCUGGGCAGGCUGGUACGGUCCCCGCGUCACCAACAGCAGCAUCGUCAUCAGCCACAGGAUGACCAGGAACCCGGCCCCCUCCGUGGCUCCGCCCUAGACCGUGCAGGGGCCAGAGGAGGUGGCCCGCCUGCCCUCCCCCUCCCCAGGCCCUCCUGACAGCCUGUCCUCCAUCGGGGCCAGCCAAGUGCCAAAGGUCCCCUCCAGGCAAGGCAUGAGCCUGUAGGGGGCAGCGAGGCCCCCUGCCCCAGUUCCCACCUGGGGCAAAACCCACCAGUCUAUGAACUGAACUGUCACGUAGCUCUGACAUUUUGUUGUAAUAAAUGUUUUCGGUAAAACCA